GCAUGCAAUCGAACCGAUUCGUUGUGUCUGGAGCGGGAAUUUACAAAGCGCGUAUUAAUAGCAUACCUUUCAAAUUUGUGACUGUGUGUCAUAACGAAUACAGUGUAUGUGUGCGAGCGAAAGAGAGAGAAAGAGAGCGAGCAUACAAUGCCAGCUAACAAGCGUGAACAACAUUAGCGCUCAGUUGAAUGCUGAUCUUGUCAUCAGAUUCUAUUGUAAACAACAGCAGCAGCAGCAGCAGCAGCUGAGAGAGCAUCAACUGCAUCAAGCUGCAAAAUGUCAACCACAACUAUAACAACAACAGCGACAGCGACGCGAGCAUCUUCAGCAGCAGCAGCAGCGGCAGCUUCUUCAUCGACUGCAACGCCCCCGCUCGCUGCUGCGAACAGCGUACGAUCGGCCGACUGUCGUAAAUUCUCACCAAAUAUAUUCAACAAGAGCAAAUGCACCCACUGUUUUCGUCAACGAGAGGAGCACAGCGCUGCCGCAUUGGAAUGCAAUAAGGCUACACGCAAAAUCUCCAAAUGCGGCUAUUUGUUUGUAGCUCCCGAUUGGGAUUUUACGAAUCCCUUAUACAAGACAAAGCGCUGGCAAAGACGAUGGUUUGUGCUUUAUGAUGAUGGCGAACUAACCUACUCGGUGGAUGAUUUUCCCGAGACGAUACCGCAAGCCUGCAUUGAUAUGACCAAAGUGCUGGAGGUGAGCAGCGCGGAGGAGGUGACUGGCCAUACCAAUUCGAUUGCCAUAACAGCGCCGGAUCGCGUCACAUUCGUCAAGAGCAUUAGCGCCGAGGAGUCCCAAUGGUGGUUCAACGUCUGGUCGCCGUUCCCCAAGUCCAGAGCGCGUCACAAUCGCAGUGCCACAUUGCCGGGCGGUCAUAUCAGCGGCACGCGCCAAAGCGCCAAAACCAAUAUGGCCAUUAAGCUGGAGAAUCGCCAUAGCUCCUACCACAAGGACACCCAAGCCACUGCCAAUCUGCUGGUGAAUCUGAGCACUCGCAGCGCGCCCAACAGCACCAGCAGCAGCAGCUCCACGGGCAACACAACAACCAAUGAUGAGGAAGACGAUGGCGUCGAAACCGGCGAAGAUGAUGAGGACGAGGAUGAAAACGAAGCGGAUGUUGUACCCCAGACUCAUAUAAGAAGAUCAAAGCUAAAUACGUCAUUGAAGGCCCAGGACGAGAACAAUCGCAAUGCGGGCAAUGAAAAUACAACUGCAGUGGCGCAAGCGAAGGACUGUCUGCUGAUCGAGGAUCUGCGACACGAUGAGAAGACGAUCAAGGAUAUUGCCAAUACGAUAACGAAUCUCAGUCAACAGCAGAACAAGCGCUGGAGUACGGCUGUUAACAAUGCUCAAAACAAUCAACAGCUUUAUCAAUACCAAAUAUCACGGGAUGAGACCGAUUUCAAGUCCAAGUCCAGCCACUGCAAAGCGUUGGGUGAGCAGCUAACGGUUAAUCAGCGACCCACUUCAUUGCCACUGGCGGCCAACUCGACGCCAGCGAUUGUGUCUGCAAUUGUUAAGAAAAUACCCACGGUGCUGGUGUCGCAACAACAACAACAACAACAACAACAACAACAGCAGCAGCAGAAGCAGCAACAACAACAACUGGAUAGCCUGAAGAGCGGCAAGCAGGCAAAGCCUAAGAAGGAUUUCCAGCAUGAGCGCGGCGAUCCUGAUGGCGGCUGCAAUCUGGACGAGCUCUGCGCCAACUACAUGGCCAAGUCAGACGAACUGCGAGCCGUGAGCAAAGCCAGCAAAUGCGGCGUUGUGCCCAGCAAGCCGCCAAGCAAGGACAUUGAGGACUUUAAUGCCAAAAAGGGCUGGCUCAUGAAGCUAGACAACCGCACUGGUGAGUGGAGCAAGCACUGGUUCACGCUCAGCGGCGCCGCGCUCUUCUAUUAUAGAGAUCCGCUCUGCGAGGAGCGCGGCGUGCUCGACGGCGUGCUGGACAUCAAUAGUCUGCUGAAUGUGCUGGAGGAGCCCAGCGCCAGCAAGCAGCACGCCUUCCAGCUGGUCACCUGGGACAAGCAGUGCCUCUUCCUGGCCAGCCUCUCGCCCAAUUCGCGCAAGAGCUGGAUGGCCGUGCUGCGCAGUGCGGCGGGUCUGCCGCAGCAGCUGGAGACGCCAACGACCACGCUGCUCAUCAAGCAGAGCGACAUCGAACAGGACUUCAUCAAGGCUCAGCUCCAGCCAUACGCAUUCAGCUCCAGUCAGUCCAGUCCGGCCACGCCCAGCACGCCAGCCAAUGCCACGCACUUCUCAUCCGACGAGGAAUAUCGCACUGCCUCCGAGGGCGGACGUCGCUACAGUCUGGACUGGGGCUCACCCUUGUCGCCAACACCUUUGUUAACCAAGACUGUCAAUGCGCCCAGCCUAAGCAAUCUGCAGCGUCAUGGGGAUAAAAUGAAGCGCAUGGACUCGCUAAGCGAUCUGACGACCAUCAGCGACAUUGAUCCCUAUUGCCUGCAGCGCGACUCUCUGGCCGAGGAGUACAAUGAGCUGCGCACGCGCUUCGACAAGGCGGUGAACGAGAUACGCGCGAUGAAGCGCGAGCUGAAGCAGUCGCAGAAUCAAUACGAUGCACUGGAGCUGACGCAGGCAUCGCUGAAGCAGAAGCUCGAUCGCAGCCAAAUGGAGAAUGGAGCGCAGCUGCAGCUGAUGGCGGCGCGCAUACAGGAUCUGACCAUCAAGUACAGCAGCUCGGAGCGACAGGUGCGUGCGCUGAAGCAGAAGCUGGCCAAGUCGGAGCGUCGGCGCUCGCUGUCGCUCAAGGGCAAAGAGCAGCUGGAGAAGCGGCUGGACAUGCUGGAGCGCGAGCAUGGCAAGCAGCUGGAGUGCCUCAAGGAAGUCUAUCGCCAUGAGCACGCCAAUGUGAGCGAUGAGCACAGCUUUCCACUGCGCUAUCAGCAGGAGAUCGAACAGCUGCGAACUUUAUGCGAAAAGGGACUCACUGCUAUGGAGAACUCGCAUCGACGCAUGAUCAGCGAUCUGGAGCAAAAGCACAAGCUGGAAAUGGAACGUCUGCUGGCGGAGAAGGAAACUGCGUUGGCGGAGGAGACACAGGCUACGCUUGCUGCACUGGAUGCCAUGCGUCGAGCUCACCAGAACGAGGUGCAACGUGAGGUGUCGCACUUUAAGUCGGAGUUUCUGCAUCAAAUGCAGCGCGGUGAACUCAUCCAAGGCGAUGGCGCCAAGCUCAAGGAAAUUUGCAGUGAGGAGCUCGAGGAGUUACGUCUGGAGAUUCUAUCCUUUUCCGAAAAGUAUUCGAUCAAAUGUGUGGAAAAUGCAGCGCUCAUGGAGCAACUAAAUAUGGCAAAUGGCAAACUGAGGCACCUGCGGCACAUGCAACAACUGGAGCUGAGAAGCAAACAAUUUCGCGCUCAUUUGGCAUCGGAUGAUCCGGAGAGUGAUGAGCAGUUUGUGCAAUGCCUAACAUCGAGCUCCAAUCCGGAUGUUGCCUGCGAGGAUAGUGAGGUAUGAAAGGCAGCUCUACCAUUGGCAAGAACCUAAGAGAACUCACGCCAAGAACAACAACCACAACAUCAACAACAAGAACAACAA